UAAUGGAGGUUCUGCUACUAUUUCUGCUCUUGAGAGCUGCCUGUUCUGAUGCAGAUCCCUAUAGACAGGACCACAAGGAUGCAAGUUUGUUCACCAUACGCCAUGAACAACAAAACAAAUGCCUCCAGUACGACAAUAAUCGAAUCACAAUGGCCAGCUGUUCUGCAGAAAAUAAGGCCUCGUUAUGGAAGUGGGUCUCCAACCAUCGACUCUUCCACUUGCGCUCCCAGAUGUGCCUUGGAAUUGACCUCACAAGUCCACAGGAUCCUUUAAAAAUGGUUCCAUGCAACUCACACUUAAUGCUGUGGUGGAGAUGCCAUGAUGGGUCUAUAUAUGGGGCGUCAGAAUACAGACUGACAGAAAAGGGUGGAACUGUGACUGCAAGCUUUUCAGCCACUGAUUCAUGGAGAAGGGAUAACACUUUAGAAAACGUCUGUCAUCAUUUGUACCAAGGUAUGUAUCUAAUUUUAUGUUCACCCCACGACUGCUGCAUUUCAGGAAAUAUGAUGGAGGAGGAGAUGAAAGGUAUCAUGUAUGGUAUGGUAGCAUUUUUGCUUUCUUUUUCAGAAAUAUAUACUAACAAAGGAAACUCUGCUGGAAAGCCCUGUGAAUUCCCCUUUCUCCAAAAUGAAACCUGGCACCAUGACUGUGUCAAGGAAGUGAAUGGCACCCAAGAAUGGUGUGCUACCACCAGUAAUUACGAUACAGAUGGAAAAUGGGGAUAUUGCUUGAAACCAGGCAAUGUCUGUCAGGACAGCUGGGUACAGAAUGUAACGACUAAGAGGUGCUACCAGUUUAAUAUGGAUUCCAGCCUGACAUGGAAGGAAGCCUACAUCUCCUGUAAGAACCAAGGUGCUGAUUUACUGAGCAUAUCUAGCCCUGAAGAACUACAGGUUUUCACUGAUAAGAAAGAUGUUCCAGAUUUUGUAUGGAUUGGACUGAACCAUCUAGAUACAUCUGGGGGCUGGCAGUGGUCUGACAAUACACCUCUGAGGUUCAUUAAUUGGGAUCAAGACAGAGCCAGCUUUUCACUGCUGGAUGAUAAAGUCUGCGCUAUACUGAAUACAGACACUGGGCGAAUGGAAAAUAUUCACUGUGAAAAAUCUUUGCCGUAUAUAUGCAAGAAAGACCUGAGGAACACAGAAAGUAAAGGUGACUGGUACUAUUCUGAUACCCAGUGUGAGUCAGGGUGGAUUCCAUAUAAUGGGUUUUGUUAUAUGUUGCAUUCACCGAGCAAGUGGAACAAUGCUGAGCCGUCUUGCAAGAAGCAAGGAGCGGAUCUUAUCAGCAUGCAUUCCUUGGCAGAUAUAGAAAUGGUGGUGACAACAUUUCAGGACGAAAGUGAAGAUAUUUGGUCAGGGCUUAAAAAUGAAGCUUCCCCAGUGUUCUUUGAAUGGUCUGAUGGGACAAAAACAGACUUUACUUACUGGGAUCGUAAUGAACCAACUACUAUCUUCAACUCCAUUACUCAUUGUGUCUCUUUCUCAGGAAAGUCUGGACGCUGGCACGUUAAAUCCUGUAAAGAAGAAUUCAAAUAUAUCUGUAAGAAAAAGGGUGAGAUUAAUGACACCAAAACUGACAAGGGAUGCCAAAAUGAUACAAACUGGGUAAGACACGGUGAUUCCUGCUAUUUGGUUGACACAGAAGAAGUGCCAUUUGGAGCAAAAUGCAAUCUCACAGUGACCAACAAAUUUGAACAGGAAUUCCUUAAUUACCUAAUGAAAAACCAAAAGAAACUGAAUGGGAAAUAUUUCUGGACAAGCUUAAGAGAUAGAAACCAAACAGGAGACUAUUGGUGGGAAACAGCAGAUGGGAAACAGGACAUGACCUACUCUAACUGGAAUGUUCUUGAGCCAGCCUCACGUGGUGGAUGCAUUGCAAUGGGAACUGGGUCAUCUCUUGGUAAAUGGGAAGUCAAAGAUUGUAAAAACUUUAAAGCUCAAUCCAUCUGCAAAAGACGAAUUGGAUCUGCCAAGCCAGACAUUAGGCCAAAACCCAUGGAAACAUGUCCGGAGGGCUGGUAUUCUGCAUCUGAUUUGUUCUGCUACAAACUGUUCACAAAUGAAAGAAUAUUAAGGAAAAGGACCUGGGAGGAAGCUGAAGGAUUUUGUGAAGAAUUUGGAGGACACCUUCCCAGCUUUACUCAUGAGAAGGAAACAGAAACAUUUGCUGCUUUCUUAUCGUCAGCAACAAGUAAAUAUCCUUGGAUCUGGAUUGGGUUAAAUAAAAGAAACCCAAAACUUCAAGGAAGCUGGCAGUGGAGUGAUGAACGACCAGUCUCUGAUGCUGUCUUGCCAUUGGGUUUUAAUGAAGAUGAUCAUGAUCUCAAAGACUGCGUUGCCAUUGAGACUCCAUACUUUGAAAGGUGGAUGAACAGACAAGAGAAUAAAAUUAGAUCAUUCCACUGCGAUGUCACUUUUGAGUGGGUGUGCCAGGUUCCUAAAGGAAUCCCAUUGACGAUACCUGAAUGGUAUAUACCAGGGUGGAAGAGUAGCCAUCAUCCUACUGUAGUAACUGCAGAAGCUCAGUUCUGGUUUAUAUAUGACCCUCUCCUCAAUUACAAGGAAGCCCAGUUAUAUUGUUCCAACAAUGGCAGUACAUUGGCCUCUGUGCAGUUUGAAAAUGAGCUUGAAAGCAUCCAACUACAACUGAAACAUUUGUCAGAAGUGAAAAAGAUAUUCCCUUUUACACAAAACUGGUGGGUGUCACUUCUUGAGGUGAAUGACGCUUCCUGGCUUCUGAGAUAUUUAUUUGGUACCCGACGAGUAAAGGAUUGCUGGUUUCUUUCUGCACAUAGUUGGAUGAAAGGCUACAUCGAGGAUAUAGACUGCAAUCAAAAGCUGCCAUUUAUAUGUGAAAGCAGAAACCUAACCUUAUUGGAAAGAAAUUCUACAAGAAACAACACAUUCAAAGGAGAUUGCCCUAAAAACUGGCUUACCGUAGGAGACAAGUGCUUUAUACAGAAGAAACCAAAGUUAAUGACUUAUAUUGAUGCAAUGGUGGAGUGCAGCUCAUAUGGUGCAACCCUUCCUACUAUCACUAGCCAGCUUGAACAAGAUUUCAUUACGACCCUGCUUCCAAACAUGACUACAGCAUUUUGGAUUGGCCUGAAGUUUACUUUCUAUGAAAACGAACCUAAAUGGACUGAUGACCAGGAGGUCAACUACACAAACUUUAAUCCGCUUCUCCACAGCUUGGAUCCCUCUUCAUCACACCAACUUUAUGACAAGCAGUCAUACAGGUAUUAUCAGUGUGCCUUUAUUCUCAAUGACCCUAAAUCAGCAUUUAUUGGAACAUGGGAUUACAUGUCUUGUUCGGAUUAUCAAUAUUUGUCACUCUGUCAAAAAUAUAAAGCCAGUCCUGAAAAACAAACUCAGAUGGUUGUGCCUGAAGAUUUUGAAUAUCAAGGCCAGAAAUACAAAAUUAUCCAAAAGAAUAUGACUUGGUAUGAGGCCUUGACACAAUGUAGCCGGUAUGACAUGAAGCUAGUCAGCAUAACAGAUCAGUACCACGUUGCCUUCCUUGCUCUCAAAGUUGGUGUCUUAGGCCAUGGAAUGUGGAUUGGACUAUCCAGCAACCAGGAUGGAAUACACUAUCAGUGGCAGGAUGGGAAGCCCAUGACUGUGAGUCGAUGGUCUAAGGAUGAAGAAGAGAAUGAAAAGUGUGUUUAUAUCGAUACUGAUGGAUUCUGGAAGACAAAAAACUGUGAUAGUCAGAUACCGGGAGCCUUUUGUUAUGUUGUAUCAGAGGAUUCAGCAAAAAAGCCAGGGCAGAACCACACAGUGUCUUGUCCUCACAGAAUUAAGGACACACCAUGGAUACCUUUCCAAAACAGCUGCUAUUCUUUUAUUUCAACCCAUAAGAGGUGGCCCUCGAAUGAAACACAAUCUCCUCUUGUCUGCAGGGAUCUCCAUCCGGAUGCCUUUGUCCUGAGUAUCAGAGAUGAAGAUGAAAAUGAGUUUGUAAUGAAUCAGCUGCAGACCUACAAAGAUCUGGUUUCAUGGGUGUGGUUGGGAAUGUAUUAUGACAUAAAUGAUAAACGCCUUCACUGGUUUGAUCAGACCUUUGUCAAAUAUUCUAACUGGAGAUUUGGGAGGCCAGAUGUUUCCAAUAAGACAUUCUAUGCAAUGAGCUUGGAGCAGGGCUUGUGGCAUGCUGUCACUUUGUCCAGUAAUGAUGAAGUCAUGGAAUUUAAACAUAGCACUAUUGUGGCUUGUAAAAUUGAAAUGGGCUCCAAAGAGCAAUACAGUCAGUCACUGACAAAAGACAUACUGUAUGAAGGCCUCACAUACCAUAUUAUACAAAAGAAACUCACGUGGGAUGAGGCGUCUGUGGAAUGCAAUAAAGAUGGAAGUCAGUUGGCCAGUGUACAUAGUGAGGACCAGCAAACAUUUUUGGAAAGAAUCAUCAAGCACGAUGGCUUCUCCCUCUGGAUUGGAUUAUCAAGCUAUGGAGCAAAUCAUACGGACUUCAAAUGGGCUGAUAAUUCUACAUAUGAUUAUGAGCAUGUGCAAUUUGCUCAAAUAAAUUAUGCCAAAAAUUGCAUUUUGUUGGACACCAAAGGAUUCUGGCAUUCCAAGAACUGCACAGAUCAACAGGAAGGUGCCAUUUGCUACAAAAUUUCAGUUGCAUCAUUAAAAGUAAGAGUGGCCAUUGGAUUAACAGUUUUUAUUAUGAUCCUCUUCUUCCUCUUGGGACUGAUUUUAUUUCACUACAAAGAGAAAAUAUCUCGCUUCUCCCCUACAGUCUACUAUCAGCGGCACAUGGAGGAUGACAUGGAACCAUGCUUGUAGAUUCUGGUUUUACAUUGUACUGCAUAUGUGUGUGUGUAUAUAUAUAUAUAUAUCCUAUAUAGUGCUUAAAUUUGGUCUUUGUAUAUGUGCAUGGUGUUGAUAUUGCUCAAAUAAAUUAUAAUUACCUGUAAAAACAAACUCUACUGUGUUUGAUAACCCAAAAACAUCAAUAAAGGAGAUAGU